AUGGCAAAUUCGACCAUUAUCACUACUCCUAGUUCAGUUGUUCAACAACUCAAUUUGUAUAUUCCAAUAGUAUUCAUUUUCCUUGGCAGCAUUGGUAACGUUCUAAAUAUUAUUAUAUUUCGACAAAGAUCAUUGAGAUCAUUACCGUGUUCUAUCUACUUUUUAUCAUCAUCUAUUGCCAAUAUAUUUGUUAUUUAUUUUUCUCUACUUACACGUCUUUUAACGCAAUAUGCUGGUAUACCAACCGAUACGGGUUCAGAUACAUUUUGUAAAACAAAAUAUUAUAUUCUUUAUUCAUCGCGUACGCUCUCAGCAUGGUUCAUUGUUCUCGCAGCAAUUGAUCGAUAUGCGAGUUCAAGUCAAGAUAAUCGACGACGAAAAUUUAGUCGAUUAUCUGUGGCAUAUUCAUUAAUUGGUAUCAUCAGUGGUUUCAUAUUCACUAACUACGUUCAUAUCCUCAUCUAUUUUAAAUUAACCAUGAUCAGAAAUCAAUACAACAAAAUUGUACCAUCGUGUAUUCUACAAGCAGGUUUGAAUAUUUACAUGAUCUUUUCUGAUUUUUUCUUUUUAACAUGGUAUUGUCUAUUACCACCUUUACUUAUGACUAUUUUUGGAAUUUUAACAAUUAAGAAUGUUCGAACAUCACAACGACGAAUUGUGCCUAACAACAAUUCAGCAUUACAGCAACAAAUAAAAAAGAAUAAUCAAUUGGUAAAAAUGCUUUUACUUCAAAUAUUAACAUUUAUUCCAUUGACGUUACCAUUUGACACGCAAAUCUCUAUAUAUGAAAAUAUUAUCAAUCAUCAUAAUUUUCACUUCAUAAAAUCAAAAGGNUACUUCAAAUAUUAA